AUGUCUUCACAAAAACACGAUGAUAAUGUUUCCGUAGCAGAUAUAGUCGAUAUAGUCUCUGCAAAUAUUUCAGUCACUGCAAAUGUUUCCUUAGCAGAAGCAAUCACUCCAUAUGUUCCCUUAGUCCACAUGGUUAAAAGCUUAGUUAAAGAGAUAGCAUUAAUACAUGAAAAUUCAAGCAGUAAUAAACAAACAUGCGCUGCUUUAUUAGAUCGUGUUGAAAUUGCACAAGAGGCUGUUAAAUCAUUUGAACGCAAAUAUCAGGCCAAUGAAAAUUUUUUUAGAAAUCUAGACUAUCAAAAUGCUUCGAUUAGAUUUGUUAACGUUUUGGAGAAUAUUAAAAAAUUUGUUACAGAAAUUGCGCACUCUCAAAAGUCAAAUCCUAAAACUGUUAAAGAUGCUUAUGAAAAAUAUAAUAAAGAAUAUAAUGAAGCUUUUAGUCUUGAAAUAUUGAAAAAGUCAAUGAUUGACACAAAAGAUGAAAUCAUGGUUGAAAUUAGGUUAGCAAUAAGAGAAGUUACUAUGUUGGUAUCUUCACAAAAAAACGAUAAGGCUUUUCAUCUACAGGAAGAAUAUAGUGAAAAGUUUGAGUUAUUAUCUUCGCAAAAACACAAUUAUAAUGAUUCUUAUCUACAAGGUGAACUAAAUGAAGGGUUUGGAGAACCAACUCAUGUGGCUGGUCAGACACAAGAUGUAAUCGCUCCAUUCGUUCCCUUAUUCAGCAUAGUUAUGAACAUACAUGACCAGAUGUUAUCAAUCUAUGAAAAUGCAACAUGUAAUGAAAAAAUAUGCUCUGCUUUAUUAGAUCGUGUUGAAUUUGUGCAUACUGUUGUUAAAUCUAAAAAAUUUGAACUAAAAUAUCAUAUAAAUAAGGAGAAGUUUAGAAAACAAGACUAUUAUUAUGCUUGGAUUAAAUUUGUCAAUGUUUUGGAGAAGAUUAAGGAAUUUGCUAAAGAAGCUGCGCAAAUAACAUCUUUUCGAAAGUUUAUGUCUGCUAAAGCUGUUAAAGAUGCUUGUGAAAAAAUUAUCAAAGAAUUUGAAGGGUUUUUAGUGCUUUAG